GUAUGUGCCUGGAGUUGUCUUUGUGUGAGCACAGAUUGCGACUAUAAAACAAUUUAACAAUCACACACUUUGUGCAGCAGGAGAUAAAAGUCUUCGUCCCCUGAGAGGGACUUCAGUGGCGCUUGUGCUACCAUUGAAAGAAGAGAGAAAACGCACAGAGAUGGGCUUUUAUUUCUCCACUGAGACAUGGACCCUCCUGGUGGUUCUCAUCACGCUGUUCUUUGUGUAUGCCUACUGGCCUUAUGGAACAUUUAAGAAAAUGGGGGUGCCUGGUCCAACACCAAUCCCUUUUUUCGGCACUAUGUUGGCAUAUAAAAAGGGAUUCACUAACUUUGACACAGAGUGCUUCAAGAAAUAUGGGAAAAUAUGGGGCAUUUUUGAUGGUCGUCAGCCCGUUCUGUGCAUCACAGAUCCCACCAUGAUCAAAACUGUUCUGAUAAAAGAGUGUUACUCUCUCUUCACCAAUCGCAGAAACUUCCGUCUGAACGGGCAACUGUACGAUGCCGUGUCCAUCGCUGAGGAUGACCAAUGGAGAAGGAUCCGUAGUGUCCUCUCUCCCUCCUUCACCUCAGGGAGACUGAAAGAGAUGUUUGAUAUAAUGAAGCACCACUCUGCUAACCUGAUCAGCAGCAUGAAAAAGAAGGCAGACAAGGACGAGCCCUUAGAGAUGAAGGAGUUCUUUGGACCCUACAGUAUGGAUGUAGUAAGCAGCACAGCCUUCAGUAUCGACAUAGACUCACUCAACAACCCUUCAGACCCUUUUGUCACUCAAAUCAAGAAGAUGCUGAAGUUCGACCUUUUUAACCCUCUUUUCCUCAUUGUUGCUUUCUUCCCCUUCAUGGGUCCUAUUUUUGAGAAGAUGGAGUUUUCCUUUGUUCCUGCGUCUGUCAUGGAUUUCUUUUACACUUCACUGCAGAAGAUCAAGUCUAAUCGAGAGCAAAGCAAGGAAAAGAGUCGAGUGGAUUUCCUUCAGCUGAUGAUUGACUCCCAGAAAAACUAUGAUCUCAGUAAAGGGGAAGAGAAUAAAGGUUUAAGCGAUCAUGAAAUCCUUUCUCAAGCAAUGAUUUUCCUCUUUGCCGGCUACGAAACAAGCAGCAGCUCUCUCACUUUCUUGGCUUACAACCUGGCGAGAAACCCUCACGCCAUGAAAGAGUUGCAGGAGGAGGUCGACUCUACCUUCCCUAACAAGGGUCCUGUUGAGUACCAGGCUAUGAUGCAGAUGGAGUAUCUAGACAGCGUCAUCAAUGAGUCUCUCCGAUUGUACCCCAUUGCCCCGCGCCUGGAGCGUGUGGCCAAGGCGACUGUGGAGAUAAAUGGCAUUGUGAUUCCCAAAGAUACGGUUGUCAUGGUACCCACAUGGACCCUUCACCGGGACCCUGAUCUGUGGCCCGAGCCCGAAGAGUUCAAACCUGAGAGGUUCAGCAAGAAAAACAAGGAGACUAUUGAUCCGUACUCGUACAUGCCUUUCGGGGCAGGACCGAGGAACUGCAUUGGGAUGCGAUUUGCUCUGGUGAUGAUGAAACUAGCAAUGGUGGAGAUCCUGCAGAGAUACAGCUUCUCUGUGUGUAAGGAGACUGAGAUCCCUUAGAGAUGGACAUCCAGGGCCUGCUGAUGCCAAAACGACCAAUCCAACUGAAGCUGGAGCCACGUUCUUAAACCCUCAAACUAAAAAAAGAAGAUGAAAGAUAAUCGUUAGAACUAUUAUGCAUACAGACCUAUUGCGAAUAAACAUGUAAACAUUUUUUUAUCAUGGUAAUGGUACAGUUGUGUGUAAAAGUGUAUCAGUUACUUCUCUUUUUUGUUCCUGCUAUCAAAGCUUUUAUUUCAUCCUAAUGGAUAAUUUGUCAAGCCUGUGUUAACAAUAAAGGAUAUUUUGGGA